AAGGGAAAUAUGAUUUAGAUUUUAAAAAUCCUAAUUCAGAUGAAACCAAAUGGAUUUCAGGUCAUCAAUUGAGUGAUUUAUAUAAUGAAUUUAUUCAACAAUAUCCAAUUGUUUCAAUUGAAGAUCCUUUUGAUCAAGAUGAUUGGAGUGCUUGGAGUCAUUUAACUGAUAAAGUUAAUAUUCAAAUUGUUGGUGAUGAUUUGACUGUUACUAAUCCUGAAAGAAUUCUUACGGCAGUUGAAAAGAAAGCUUGCUGGGGAGUAAUGGUAUCUCAUCGUUCUGGUGAAACUGAAGAUACCUUUAUUGCUGAUCUUGUAGUAG